AAAAUGUCAAAGUGAAACCCAGAUUUUUACGUUCUAUUUAUUUGUAUCGCAAAAGAGAAACUUUUCCUGGGAAAACAGUUUCGACUAUUGUUUACCAAAAUUCCGCACCGCUCCAGACCAUGGCGGGAUCUGCCUUACGACGUUUGAUGGCCGAAUACAGGCAGCUCACGCUAAACCCCCCGGAAGGAAUCAUCGCGGGUCCAAUCAGCGAGGAAAACUUUUUUGAAUGGGAAGCACUAAUUACAGGUCCAGAAGGAACAUGCUUUGAGGGCGGCAUAUUCACAGCGAAACUGAUCUUUCCACCAGAUUAUCCCCUCAGUCCGCCGAAGAUGAAGUUCACCUGUGAAAUGUUCCAUCCAAAUAUUUUCACUGAUGGCCGUGUAUGCAUAUCUAUUUUACAUGCACCAGGCGAUGAUCCAUUAGGAUAUGAACUGUCCGCAGAGCGCUGGAGCCCUGUGCAAAGUGUAGAAAAGAUCCUACUAAGUGUAGUCAGUAUGUUGGCUGAGCCAAAUGAUGAAUCCGGGGCAAACGUCGAUGCGGCGAUCAUGUGGCGCGAAAAUAGGGAAGAGUUCAACAAAAUUGCCAGAAGGAUCGUGCGCAAAACGCUCGGUCUUUCGUCGUAAGCACGUGCACUCGAAGGCAUUGCUUGGGGCGAGAUGAAAACUAGGGGUACGGUUUGCGGUUGCGUUCGUGUGUAGUUGAUUUAUGUUCUGUUGGUUAUCGUAAUAUCGUAUGAUUGUGGAUAUGGAUUGAUUAAAACAAUGACUAAAAGCUUAUGUAUCAUUAAACAUGGGAAAAUGAAAGUACCAAGUCGUUGUAUGUUGUCAUUAAAAUCAACGGCCACCUGUAUGU